AAAGAUUUUGUUAACAACAUCUAGAGCAAUUUUCAAUUUGCAAUGCAUUAUGGGAAACAGGAAGUUUCACACAGGGAGGCAAACAGACGUAUUUUGAUCGUAGAAAAUCAUAAUACAAUAACAUAGAGUACGAUUCGCUACUUAAUAAUUACUGCCAUGCCGUAUUAUUUCAUGAGGAAUGCAUCUACGUGUCAUAUAGCGUUUGUCGAAGUGCCUAUGUGCUCCAGCGCUCUAUGAUUUUCCAUCGCGAAAAUAGGUGACGGCAGAAAUUAUUUGACUUGUAUCCCUAUAAGUUAUGAUGAUCAACGAAUAAGUCAGUCAUGUUGCCGGUUUCAACAUUUUAUGGACCCAAGAAUAAACGAAAAUGGAUUGGGCUCCAGAAUGCUGUAGAAUCAAAAGAAAAACAGUUCAAAGAAGAGAAAAUACCUAAACCUUUUCCAAGCAGGAUUCUUGGACCAUCCGUUAGAUGGGAAACAUUUUUCCGACAGCAGGAUGCUAUCAAUUUAUGUCGCAGCACCUACAAGGAUCUCCAUGUGUUUGCCUUUGAGAGUGACUGUUUUGAAGGCAACAAUGGUCAGAGAAUGUACUUGGCUGCUAGCUAUCCACACUUCUGGCACCAAUAUGAACAGCUGGCCGCAGACAAGAGGCACCACUAUGAGGUGAUUCCUGAAGGAGCCGUGUGCAAGCUGUACUUUGACCUGGAGUAUGACCGGGUAGUCAAUAUGGGUGCUGAUGGAGACACAAUGGUGGACACUUUUAUCCAGGUUGUAUGUUGUGCAUUAAAGACGAUCUUUAACAUCAGUUGCACUCGUGACGAUGUGUUGGAUUUAGAUUCAAGCACGGAAGCCAAGUUCAGUAGACAUCUGAUAUUUCAGAUUAAAGAUGCUGCAUUUAGAGACAAUAUUCAUGAAGGGAAAUUUGUACAUUACUUGCUGGCCAGGAUUUUGGACAAGAUCCAUAGUGUAAAACCCCAAGACACCAUUUCACAAGACAUAACUUCUACGAAACAAUACUACUAUAGUGGAACAGUGCAGGACACAAAUUCCAACGCAACCUUAUGUUCAGGAUUGGAACUGUCAAAUCAUUGCUCAAGCUUGGUAUCAGAUCAUAGUGAUAAAUUAGUUGGUAAAAGUGAAAUAGUACAUUGUCAAUCAGUCAGUGUAAUUGCUGUAGAUGCAGAUCUUGUAAAGAAUGAGACUAAUUCGGAAGAUGAGCUAAUUUGCCAUGGCAGUGACAGUGUGGUUUUGCUUGGGUCUGAAAAAUAUCCAGAACUAUUACAUGACUUUGCUGCUGAUAAGUUAAGUUCUCUCUUGGUGAAAAAGAAAGAUGGUGGAACAGUGCUGUUUUGUGAUCCAGGGGUCUACACCAAGAACCGUAACUUUCGCCUCUUCAAGUCGUCCAAGCUUCACAAAAGUAAACCACUCGAGUUAUCUUCCAGCAACAGAUAUCAGCCAGUAGAGGGUGCCAGGGAGAUGUGGCUGUUUUACGAUUCCUUGAUUGCAAACAUCAAGUAUAGUCGGAAGUUGAGAAUCCUGGACUUUGCUGAAGAAAGUGAAUUCAAAGUAUCUGCACAUACUUGUGGACCUGCCAGCAAAAGGCAGCAAAGUGAGGCCACAUUGGAUGGCUAUUACAAGUCCCCCUAUCCAGAAGUGGAUGAAUACAUUGUAAGCAUCAUCACCGAGAAUGAUAAAAGAGGUGUUGUCAGGCACUGGACCUACUUUCAUCAAGGGGAACUACUUGUCUAUGAAAUAGCAAAGUAUCGCUUCUGUCACAAUAUUGCCAGGGAACAUAAGAGUAACAACAUCAUGUUCAUAGCUGAUCUUCCCAGGGGUGUGUUCUAUCAGAAGUGUCACGAUCCAGAGUGCUGCAUGCAGAACUACAAGUCACCAGAGUGGCCGCUUCCCAAUUCUGUUCUUCCAGCCAGUUAUUUUGAUGACCAUGAACCCGCUGAUCUUGACCACUGUGACCUUGAAGAUGACCUUGACAUGGGCAAUGAUGAACUUCUCAAAACGACCCUUGAACUUGAGAAAGAAUACCUGCUUACAACAAAACCAAGCAUGGGAUCUCCAUGACAAUGAUGGUUCCAAAGUUUACCUUAUUCUUGACUUUAGUAGGGAUGGUUGAUAGAUUAUUGUGUGCAUAUAUUUAUAUCAAACUAUUGUCACUUUAUAAUAUAAGUAAGUCAUAAUUCUAUUGUUAUUGUUAAAAAUGUCCAGAAAAAUAUACAAAACAAUAGAGGUCAGAAAAAAUGAUGUAAGUAGUCAAGAAAUAGACUUCUGAAUCACAUUAGAUUUUUAGCUCACCUGAUUGCUCAGGUGAGCUUUUGUGACCGGUCUUUGUCCGUCUGUCCGUCCGUCCACAUUUGUUCGUAAACACUUUAGAGGCCACAUUAAUCGUCCCAUCUUCAUAAAACUUGGUCAGAAGCUUUGUCCCAAUGAAAUCUCGGUCGAGUUCUAAACUGGGUCGUGCCGGGUCAAAAACUAGGUCACUAGGUCAAAAAAAAGAAAAAACUUGUAAACACUGUAGAAGUCACAUUUCAUGCCCAAUCUUCAUGUAACUUUGUCAAAAUGUUUGUCUUAAUGAUAUUUUGGUCGAGUUCAAAAGUGGUUCCAGUCGGUUGAAAAACAUGGCUGCCAGUGGGCGGGGCAGUUUUCCUUAUUUGGCUAUAUAGAACCCUUGUAAACACUCUAGAAGUCACAAUUUUUGCCCAAUCAUCAUGAAAGUUGGUCAAAACAUUGGUUUUAUCGAUAUCUCGGAUGAGUUCGAAAAUGGUCCAGAUCGGUGAAAAAACAUGGCCGCCAGUGGCCUGGGCAUUUUUCUCUACACGUAUAUAGUGAAAACGUGAACACUCAAGAAUUCACAUUUUUGGCCCAAUUUUCAUGAAAUUUGGUCAGAACAUUUGUUUCCUUGAUAUGAUAGUCGAGUUCGAAAAUGGUUCCGGUCAGUUGAAUAACAUGGCUGUCGGGGGGGGGGGGGGGGGGGGGGGGGACAUGGACAUAUUGUUUUUGCCCUGUCUGUUGGUCUGUCUGUUUGCGCCAACUUUAACAUUUUGUAAUAACUUUUGCUAUAUUGAAGAUAGCAACUUCAUAUUUGGCAUGCAUGUGUAUCUCAUGAAGCUGCACAUUUUGAGUGGUGAAAGGUCAAGGUCAUCCUUCAAUGUCAGAGGUCAAAUAUAUGUGGCCAAAAUCGCUCAUUUUAUGAAUACUUUUGCAAUAUUGAAGAUAGCAACUUGAUAUUUUGCAUGCAUGUGUAUCUCAUGGAGCUGCACAUUUUGAGUGGUGAAAGGUCAAGGUCAUCCUUCAAGGUCAGAGGUCAAAUAUAUGUGGCCAAAAUCGCUUAUUUUAUGAAUACUUUUGCAAUAUUGAAGAUAGCAACUUGAUAUUUGGCAUGCAUGUGUAUCUCAUAGAGCUGCACAUUUUGAGUGGUAAAAGGUCAAGGUCAUCCUUCACAAUGUCAAGGUCAUCCUACAAGGUCAAACAUCAUAUAGGGAACAUUGUGUUUCACAAACACAUCUUGUUCUCUAUAUGUAUGUACUGAAAACAUGUGAACACUCUAGAAGUCACAUUUUAGCCCAAUUUUCAUGCAAUUUGGUCAGAAAAUUUGUUUCUUUGAUAUGAGAGUAGUUGAGUUUGAAAAAUAUGGCGGGCGGGGGGGCGGAGACAGUUUUGUUAUAUUUAUAUAAAAGCUUGUGAACACUCUAAAAGUCACAUUUUUUGCCCAAUCAUCAUGAAACUUGGUGAAAAGAUUGGUUUUAUAUAUAUCACAUAAUUAAUGCCAUAGUUAAUGCCCUUAGAUUGUCCAAAUUUUUAUUAUAUUAUACAAAAUCCUUGUAAACACUCUAGAGGUCACAAUUUUGUUUCAGAUUUUAUAAAUCUUGGUCAUAAUAUUUAUUUUUGUAAGCAAAGUUUGAUGUUUGGUAAGGGGGGUCAACUCAAAAUAUAGGCCACCAGGUCAAAUCUUACAAAAACAAAAUCACUCCAUAUACCAGAGUUUUGGUUCAAUAAUGAUGAAACUUGACCAGGAUGUUUGUCUGGACAAUAUAUAGGUCAGUUUGAUGUUUGGUAAAGAUUGAAUGAACUGACUCCUCUCAGGUGAGCGAACUACGGUCAUCUUGGCCCUCUUGUUAAAAUAUAUGUCUCACAACAAUAUGAAUUGAUAUUUAUGAUUGCAUGUCUAUUUUAUCAUGAUUAUUUAGUAAGAAAAACAUGUAAGGUAUUUGACUUGUUAUGUAAUAAGUAUUGAAGAAUAAUUCAAAAUGUUAAGCAUUUAAUGUCCCCCUGUUGAUUUUGAUAGUGUUGAAUAUUAUAUGAUACGAUGUAUUUUAAUAUUUUUUUACACUGACUGGUUGUUAACAUUUUAUGUCUAAAACCAGCAUUUGUAAUCCCUUUUCUCUAUUUUAGCGCUGCAUAUUUUUCAUUCUGGAAACUAAGAUCAAUUAAUCUCUUGGCGAUAGGUAUUACCAGCACUUUACUGUGCUUUAAUGGUUUUAUAUGCCAAAAACAAUAGCUAUUCCAUGAACCAGUUUGUUUAAUGUAUUUCAAUCACAAAAUAAAUUUAAAUAGAUUUAUAUUUAUGUUACAUAUUUUGUUAUGAUUUGGUUAAUUAUUUUUAUCAAUAAUAGUUUUAAUGAUUUUUAUACGCCUGUAUAAAAUACGGGACGUAUUAUGUGAAACCCCUUGGCGGGCGGGCGGGCGAAAGGCAUCACUUUGUCCGGACUCUAAUUCAAAUUGUAUUCAUCCGAUCUUCACCAAACUUGGUCAGCAGUUGCAUCUAGUUGAUAUCUAGGCCAAGUUCGAAUAUGGGUCAUGCCGGGUCAAAAACUAGGUCAUAGUGUCAAUAAGUGCAUUUUCAAAGGGGCCACUAUGUCCGGACUCUAUUUCAAAUUGUAUUCAUCCGAUCUUCACCAAACUUGGUCAGCAGUUGCAUCUAGUUGAUAUAUAGGCCAAGUUCGAAUAUGGGUCAUGCCGGGUCAAAAACUAGGUCAUAGGGUCAAUUAGUGCAUUUUCAACGGCGCCACUUUGUCCGGACUCUAAUUCAAAUUGUAUUCAUCCGAUCUUCACCAAACUUGGUCAGUAGUUGCAUCUAGUUGAUAUCUAGGUCAAGUCCGAAUAUGGGUCAUGCUGGGUUAAAAACUAGGUCACUGGGUCACUUAGUGCAUUUCAAGGAUUUAGCAUGGUGUCCGCUCUCUAAUUGAAGUAUUUUUCAUCCGAUCUUCACCGAAUUCGGUCAGAAGUUGUGUCUAAAUGAUAUCUAGGUCAAGAACAAAUAUGUGUCUUGGCGGGUCAAAAAAUAGGUCACAAGGUCACUUAAUGAAUUUCAAGCGUUUAGCAUGGUGUCCGCUCUCUACUUGAAGUAGUUUUCAUCUGAUCUUCACUGAAUUUGGUCAGAAGUUGAGUCUAAAUGAUAUCUAGGUCAAGAACAAAUAUGGGUCUUGCUGGGUCAAAAACUAGGUCACUUAAUGCAUUUCAAGCAUUUAGCAUGGUGUCCGCUCUCUAAUUGAAGUAGUUUUCAUCCUGUCUUUACCAAAUUUGGUCAGAAGUUGUGUCUAAUUGAUAUCUAGGUCAAGUUCAAAUAUGUGCUGCUUAAUUUUCAAAAAUAUAUCAUUUUGCCACUCAAAUGGUAAAGCUAUCAAGUUGUCCAAAACCUUCAAACGGGCGUAUCUUGUGACAGUUUGGCACUCUUGUUAAGAAUUAUUUCUACCAUAGGGUUUGUCUUUUAUCAUCGAAUCAAGAUUUUAGAACAGUUACUGCGAUAUUUUAAGGUAUUUGCUGUUCAAAAUGGAAUAAAAAGUUGUACUUUCUCAAAAUUAGAAAAUACUGAUAGCUGCGAGGAAUUAAUGGUUUGUUUUUCUUCCAUUUUACUCUUGUCAGUGCAAAUAAGACAUAAAUGUGUGUCUGGUAGUCAUCAGUUUGGUUCAUAUCUUAACCAUUCCAAUAUUUAUCACUUGUCCCUAUUGUUUGAAAGAACAAAAGUUAUACGGUCAGUACCAAGGCUAGCCAGCUCAGUUGGUACAGCGCAUUACAAAUUCAAGGUAAUGAAAUUCUUUUAUGGCAAUUCUCUCCCUUCAGCUACUGGCAUAUGUAGUUGUUCCAAAUGAUCCAGAACAAGUGACAUGAUAAAAUAUGUUUCAUUAAAAUCAUAAUAGAAAUACUGUUGGAAACGGUGAAAAUAAAAUAAACAUGUGUAGAUGUGUAACCAUGCUUGUGUUCAACUCUAUGUAUUAUGUAGUAGAAUUAUUUUCUACAGAAUGAAUUGUCCAAUAAAAACGAAAAUAUAA